AUGGAAGCUGCCAGGUCGGGCUUCAACUAUGCCAAGCCCAGCUGGGCCGGCAAGCCGUGCUUGGACUCCCUGUCGCUGGACCUCAUUGUCGCCGGGGAGGUCAAGCGCCGGGUAGACCUGGACGUGCGCGAGCACGACGCCUUCCUCAUCGGCCGCGAGAAGAACUGCGACGUGGUCCUCGAGGGGCUGGAGAAGAUGGCGUCGCGCUACCACUGCGUGCUGCAGUGCAAGGAGGGAUCUCCGGAGAUCUACGUCUACGAUCUCAAGAGCUCCCAUGGAACCAUCCUGAACGGCAAGCAGCUCGAUCCUUUCAAGUUCGAGCCCAUGCGUGUUGGAGGCCAGCUGAAGUUCAACGCGGUCAGGCCUUCGGCCCGGGAUGUCCUCGCCGUGCUUUGUGGGCCGGAGGAGGCCAUGGAGGAGGAGGGCGAGAUCGACCUGACCGCCUUCCGGGAAGAAGCGGCCAAGGAGCGCACCGCACGAGAGCAGGCGAUGCUCCAGGAUUUGGAGCGGCGAAAAGCCGCGAAGAAGAAGCGGAUGCACCUCGAGGCGCAACGCGAGGCCGUGGCGAAGGCUUACGCCUCGAAGGCCGAAGAGAAGAUGAAGAAGCAAAAGGAGUUGGAGGCUGCUGACAGGGAGCGCCUUCAUCAGGUGAAUUGGGGCAUGGGCGAGGAUGCAGUGGAAACCAAUACAGAGGAGCUGCACGAUGACGCAAAGAAGCUGCUCGACGCGAACGGCAAGCUCGACUUGGAGAAAGUCCGGGAGCUUCAGCUGACGCAGAAGCAGGACGCCAUGGUGCAGAAGCUGGAGCAGAAGCAGCGCAAGAUCGCCAACUUGUUCCGGGAGAAGCAGCGCCAGGAGGACCAGGCCGCCCAGAGAGCCCAGAAGAAGGCCCGGGCGAACCUGGAUAUCGACGAGUUGCCGGACAGCGGCAUGGGCACCCAGAACAUGGAGCGCCUUCAGAAGCUCGAGGAGAAGAUCCAGAAGAGCGAGGAGGACUUCGCGGCGCAGGCCGACACGCUCUUUGUGUCACUGGGCAUGAAGCGUGCCGGCUUCAGCGAGCGCGUCAGCAAGCGGACCGCGGCCCUCUACGACACGAGGGACGACGCGAGUGACGACGAGUUCUUCGACCGUACGGCCGCGAAGACCUCGGCACCCAAGGAGGCAGAGGCCGCCGACAUCCCCUCAGAGCUGAUGGGCCUUCCCACGCUCGACGAUGUGGAGAACCAGAAGUCCUUGGAGGUGAAGGUGAGCCAACUCAAGGCAGAGCAGGCGCGAGUCGCCGCGCAACUUGCAGCCGAGAAGGUGAAGGCGAAGAAGCAGGCGGACCUCCAGGAGCCAGAGGACUCCUUGGACGCCUUCAUGAACGCCACCGUGGCAGAGCUCCGGCAGGAUCGCGGGGACAAGCUCCAGCGACGAGCCGAGGCGGUCAACGAGCGGCUGGUGAAGUUCGAGGCCAUGCUUCGGGAAGCCAAGACGAACACUGAAGAGGUCCUUUCGGCGCCAGUGAAGCGGCAGAAGACCGAGGCAGCCGCUUCCUCCACGCCGGCCAAAGCCAGGAGCGGUGCUGGCCCCGCCUCCACCGCAGAGGUUUUGGCCAGGCUCACAGAGAAGGCGGAGAAGGCCACAGCGAAGGGGGAGCCCAAAGCCAAGGCCGCCGCGGUGAAAGAAGCGGAGGUGAAAGCCGAGGCGAAAGCCGAGGCGAAAGCCGAGGCGAAAGCCGAGGCCAAGCCUGCAGAGGAGCCUCAAGCUGCGCCGAAGGCUGGGGCCAUGGCGCCCCCCAGUGCCUUGCCUUCCAAAUCCCGGGCGCACAUCGACCCAGAGAAGGCAGGCCUCCAGUUCAUGGCGCCAGAGCCUGCCGCGAAGAAGAAGAAGGUCUACGGCGUCGCCAUGCCGCCAAAGUUUGCGAGCUCCCGCGAUGCGGAUCAGGCAGCCUCCGGAGAGCUGGAAGAGCCCGAAGGAUAG